UUUUAUUUUUAAAAAUGUAUUGUUUAUGAGUUCAUUUCGGGUAAACGGAGAGGCACUAUCUAUACUGGGAAAGUCGCGCUAUUUUGUCUUUGAGCUUCUCGACUAUCCCCUAGCCAUCCCAAGAUGUUUACCUAGUCCUUGGGACGCUUUGCUCUAGGCUACCUUGGAGAUGAGCAAAUUACAAAAGACCUAUUAAAGGAAUUUCUUGUUAGAUACGGGAAGGUUGUAGAUAUGGACAAGGAAAACAAGAGACUUGGGAUGUUGCAAGAUAAGGCAGCAAUUGGAAUUGUUGAAGACUAUGAUCUUCCACUUACACCCCAACAAUACAUUGAAAGCAUCAUGCCCAUGUUUCAUGAAAAAUGGCUGCAAGCCAAACCACUUCCUGGUGUCAACCGCCUUAUCAAGCAUCUUCAUAAGCAUGGAAUUCCGUUUUCAGUUGCUUCAAACUCUGCAAGGAAGAAUGUAGAAGCUAAAGUCUCUGCCCAAAGAGGAUGGAAAGAGUACUUUUCAGUAAUUCUUGGAAGUGAUGAUGUUAAAUCAGGGAAGCCCUCACCAGACCUAUUUUUGGAGGCUGCAAACAGAAUGGGUGUAGAAGCAUCUUCCUGUCUUGUGAUAGAAGAUUCUUUGGUAGGGGUUAAAGCUGGAAUGGCUGCAAAUAUGAAAGUAGUGGCAGUUCCAUCUAUUGAAAGUGAAUUGGAUAAAUUUUCAAUUGCUGAUCAUGUGAUUCAUUCGUUCCUAGAUUUUCAGCCACAGCAAUGGGGUCUCCCGCCUUUAGGGGACUGGGUGAAUAAAGCAUUACCAAUUGAACCAAUUCACUUCAAGGGAUCAUACACAAAUGGAUUAGUAAAAGAAAUUUCAGAUAAUGUGGCUUCUGAUCUUCCUGUUCAAGCCUGCGGUGUCUACUUUGGUUGGGUUGACUUCGACUCACAUGAGAGAGUUAAAAUUGUGGUUAGCAUCAGUUGGGAUGGAAGCCAUGGCUCUUUUAGAAGAAUCAUCAAUGCUUGUUUCAUCAAUGGAAGCAAUGAAAUAGUUGAUCAUCUAAUGGAAGUAGCACUUGUUGGUUACAUCAGGGGAUUUCCUACUAAGCAAUUCUCUUCAAUUGAUGCUGAAAUACUGGACCAAGACAAGUUAAUUGCAGAGGCUUGCAUAGAUUUAGCAGAAUAUAGCUAUCUCGGGUGCAACAUAUCAUAGAUUACAAUAACUUGUCUUGUUGAGCAAAGCUAUUCUUUUGGUUUGAGGAUUAUACGUCACAAAUCCAAAUAUUAUGAACAUUGUGUACCAUUUGUUGUUCCAAAAUGUAAUGAGAAAUUAGUGAGUUUUUACUUCAUUUAUUUAAAUGUUUGUUGUAGCUAGCUGAGAAGUGGUUUUGUAAUUUGGAUCGUUACUAUCUAUAUGGGCA